AUGAAGUUCGGUGAAACCCUCUAUCAAAGAUCGGUUCCAAAGUGGGCAGCCUACAACUUCAAGUACAAUGAGUUAAAACACCUGAUCAAGACAAAAACCUCCGCAGGCGCCGCUGUUCCUCUUGACAUCCCCACGCAGGGUAAAAGUCGCUGGCAAGAGCUGGACAAUCAACUAUUGAGGUUGCUCCAGGCCGAAUACGACAAUGUCACUCUCUUUCUCAAAAGCAAACAGGGCGAGAUCGACCGGCGAGUCGCCCAUCUCGAGAAACAGAUCAAAAUAGCUGAACGAGCUGUGGCCGAGAACCAACAUGAUCGCCCGGUCCUUCAGGCUCGAAAGUACCAGCGCCUGGUCAAGGAUGCCGAGGAAAUCAGCGAUGAUGUCCAGAACCUUACUCGUUUCGCUGCGGUACAAAAGACGGCUUUCCGAAAAUUGCUCAAGAAAUACCGCAAAUGGACCGGCUCAACCGAUCUCCAGACCAGGGUUGACGUUGAGGUCUUCUCCUCUGAAAAGCUGAGGACCGACUAUACCGAUUAUCAGCAACAUCUCACCGAACUAUCGACUAUUCUAACCCAGGAUUUGGCUAGGCCCAUGUUAACCGGCAAGAUAAAUGAUUCCUCAAAUGAACAGAAAAAUCGUCUUUCGACCCAGUCAAACAAGAGGUCCAUCAUCGGCCAAAUCAAUGAUGCUGCCCUUCGUGGCCCGCUAGGUUUCGACGCUGCUCUCUUGACUGUGCCUUAUGGAGAGGCUGCUGGUAGUGCCAUAUACUGGAUACAUCCUGAUAAUCUUGACGAGGCGCGAACUUUAUUACUCAAAUUCAUGCGCGAUGGAUCCACAGCUUCUGCACCCUCGCGUGUGAACUCUGGUCUCUCAGUUGCUUCCCAACGAAGGCCAUCUGCGUUAAGUAACCCCACGGACGACCUCACACAUGCCCUCUUUUUUGAUAAUGCCCAACGAUUUGUAAAGGACCCUAGCCAGACCAGACCAACACGGGUCGCUCUCUCUGCUCAUUGGAGCACUGAACCAGAUGCUGCCGUCACUCUUGCUGGUCUUUCUCCUACAUCAUCAGGAUCAACGAUACUGACCAUCAAGGCUAAGGAUUUGACCACAGCCCUACAACGUGAAUCCACUCCUACCCGGCUAUCCAAUGAGAUUUCGGCAGUCCGCAAUUACCUUACUGAGCAUCGUGAUGUCAAACCCUUGGCUGAGAUCUCCUCUAUCCGCUCUCGAUAUCUCGGGAUCACGAAUUCGGCCGAUGUCGCGAAUUGGGCCACCCUUGAUUCAUCCAUAACUGUCACUCCGGUGGAAAUGGGCCACAUUGAUAACUCUACAUAUCAGCCAACCAAUGGGGAUGUCUUCCCCUAUGCAGUUCUACACAUUCGUUGGGAGUUCGCACGUACUCCUGCUGUGGUUCGAACGUUCGACAGCUCUCAUUUGGCUGAACGGGUAUAUGACUUUACUCUUGAGGACAUGGCAAUCCACACAGUGAACAAGGAUCUUCCACAACCAGCUUGGCACAAUCUCCUAGAGAAGGACAUCCGGAAGGUUCCACUAAUUCCCCCUAAAAAUAAGUCUCGAGCUUCCAGUCGCCUGAAGCCUACCGCUUCAGACAUUUCCGGAAUCUCCUCAGGUCCAUCUUCCACCGAUGGUGUUACCACUGGUAGUAUCUUUUCUAUCACCCAUGGACAGUCUUCUGCUACUUCGGAUGACCACAUUACAGGCGUUGAAGUGGCCGACCCUUUCACUUUAAAACCAAAACCGUCCCCUGUUGGUGGCCGGAAAAAGAAGCGUGCUCGUAUCUUAGUACCUGAACGCGAACCUCGACAACAACGUUAUUGGAAUGAAUUCGAUGAUGGUGACUCAGACGUCAAUUCGGACGAUCGCUAUGCAAUUUACAUCGACCCCAAUGCCUCUAUCUUUCCUGGUUCAGAAACCCUCUCAAAGGUAUUCCAUGGAGUAUACAAUACUUUGGGUCAGGGCGCGGGCCGACUCGCCUCUCUAGUUGGUCUCAAGCGGAGAGCUUCACCCGAAAGAGCACCUCUUCUUGGAGGCCAAGUGUUCAUUGAUGGCGAUGCUGACUCGUCUGGUUCGGAUAGCGACCAACACCUGAUUCAACGGCCAUACAAGCCCAGUACACCUCGACGGACGGCUUCGCACGGGUCUGGGUCCAGAUCAACAUAUCGUCCACAUCAGAUCCUCACCCCUCGCCAGAAGGCCCUGGAAAGAACACUUUUCCAUUUCUACAGCGGCCUGAUUGCCAUUUCUUGUGUUUUUCUGGUCAUGUCAAGCAUCCUACUGGGAACAGGCCGUAGAAAGGCCGCAGUCGAGGUCGACUUGGGCGUCAUCGCUGGCGUCAUCGCUGCAGAAGCCUGUGCCGUGUGCGCCAUGGUCUUGGUUAUGCUGAGAAAGCAAAGGCUGAGCAUAUUACAUUGGGGAAUCGUAAGCGUCUUUGUUGCGGCCAUUGUUACUGUUGGUGUGUCCCUAUUGGCGUUGAUGUUUGUGCAUAUGCAACAUUCCGCCGAACGCAAAGGCCCUCCACACUGA